AUGUACACCUACGUCACUUUGGCCGUCUUUGUCGCUGUCGCUUUUGCGGCCAACGUCGACACCGACGUCAAGAACGCCGUCAACGAAGUCACCACCACCAAGGUGAAUUUGGAGUUCUAAAAUUUGUUUUCUGAUAUUAUGAGCCUUAUAAAUUUCUAGAUUUUUGAAACACGUGCCUUUUUAGAAAGUUUGAAAAAAAAAACAUUUUUCAUUGUCCGUACAUUAAAAUUACAAGUUUCAAAUUUUUCAAUUGUAAUUUUGGCAACAAUAGAACAAUUGAAAAUAAUGAAUAUAGCGUACGCUAAUCAAUUGUCAUUUUCGUAGAAGAGUUUCCGUAGUUUUUUUCAAAGUAGAUGGCGGGCAACAGCUCAAAACGAUCCAAACUGAAAAACCAGAAUUAAUUCGUGAAAAUGUUUACGAAAUCAAAGAGAAAUUUUUUUGAAAAAAACCUUGAAAAGGUUACGGAAAACCCAAAAAUUAUUGCAAAGGAUUUAUAACAGUUUUUCAUUCUCAGUCAAGCUCUUGUGAAAAAAAUUUUUCUAACAUCUUAGCAAAAGUUUUUCAAAAAAAUAUGUCAAAUUCCACUAAAAUGUUAAAACUGAGUUGACGUAUUGACUUCAAAAAGUCUUCAAAAAGAUUCUUUUCCCAUUCUCUGAACUCAUUUUUGAAUGAGAUAACAGAGAAAAAAAACGAAAAAAAUUGAAAAUAGUUGAAAAAAAGAAAAGGGAAAGAAAAAGCUUGUCAAGUAAAAUGUUUUUUUAGUGCAUAGUGGGAACGCGAAAUCGCAUGACCUAAAAAUAUGAUAAUUUUUUUAUUUAUAUAUAUUUUUCAAAUUUUAGAAGUUUUUCAAAGCUGUCUUGAUACGAAAUCUUUAUAAUUCACAAAAAAAUAUAAGUUUAUUCAAAAAUCGAAUAAAAAAAUAAAAAAACCUAGUUUUUAUUUUUAUUCCUUUUUUUCGUUUCUUUUUCAAAUUUCGGUGAUGAAAGAAAAAAAUUAUAUAGACUGUUCAAAAAAAUUCUUGCCUGGAUGGAGAAUAGACGAAUUUCAUAAGGCUCUUGAGGAGAAACGCCGUUUCAAGGGUUAAUUUAGAUAAUUUCAAGCUUUUGCGCCUUUCAGCACUUUGGAAAGUCCUUUUGAGCCUACUGUAAUUUGUUUUAGUUUUAAAUUAUCGGAAAAGUUUCAUUUCAAGAUAUUAGAUUUUACCGAAUUCCGUCGAAUGAGUGCGAAGAAGCUGAAAAAGAUUUUUUUUGAAAAGUUCAGAAAAGUUUUUUUCAAUAAUAAUUUCUUUUUUUCAGGAUGGCGAUACCUUCUGUCCAGUGCCAAUCGUCGGAACGCCCUGCGGAAGUUCGUCAAUCUUCCACUACUGGAAGUGCUGCGGAACGGCCAACAAGGAGUGCUGCUUCCAGCUCCAGGUAAAUCUACCUGCAGAAUCACUUUCCAACUGCUUUUCGAUUAUUAUCCCGUUUUAAAAGUAAUUUUCUCGAAAUUAAAAAUAAUCUCUGCCUCUCCAAAAUUUUGUUCUUUUCAUUCUCUGACGCCUUUUUUGAAUUUCACGAAAUCACUUUGAAAAUGGUAUUACGUGGGUCGAAGAGAAAUAAUCCAGUUAUCUGCGGAUUAAUUUUUCUUCCAUGUUGAAAUACGUUUCAAGAUAGUCAUAUAUUGAAAAGAGUUCUUUUUCAUGUAUUCCACUCUUUGAGAAAUUUUUUUGAAAAAAAGAUUUUCGAAAAAGUCUCACCAAAGACUUUCAUUUGAAACAACGUUCAUUUUUCAUUCUUAUAGUCAAAAUUAAUUAUAGUACUUACCAUUUUAAGCCGCCGAAAAGCGUGUAGAAGACAAAAAAUCCCUGAAACGUGGGUAUGAACAUUGAAAGGAGCCAAAUCUAAGUCGAUAUAAUCAAGCCCCUCAAAUAUGUAUGUCUUUUUCUAAGUAAUUUUGAUCAAAAUAACUUUUAAUACUCUCUUUUUUCUUCGUUUUCAUUUUACUGUUUCAGGACAAGUUAGGUCCAGAAAAAAGAGCAUAAUUUUUUUGAGUUUUUUUCUCUAGAAAAAAAGGUUUUUUCUUCGCGAACGAAUCGAGAAAGGGUAUUGCAAUACUGCCUGAGGUAUUUCGAAGGGUCUGAAGUCUAACCAUGGUACCACGGGUAUACCUCUGCAAAAUGCGACUUUCAAACAUCUUUAUUGAUCAAAUAGGGCUAACAGGUAUACUGGAAGUCUCACUAUAAACGUUUAAUAGUCAGAUUUUUCCGGCUUGAAAGACGAGAUGGGUACUAUUACAUGGGGCGCAUAGAGGCCACCACAACUCUUUCUCUGACACACACUAUUUCGUCGUUAUCUAGCUGCAAGAAAACGAUGAAAUAGCGUAGAUGAGAAAAAAAAAUUGUGGCGGUCUUUAUGUGCCUCAUUUCAGAGUAGAUUUUCAAGGGCGAAGCGUUGCGUGUGCGACGAGGCUUUUUGGUAGGGAUUUCGAGGUCAAACGCUAUUCAGGAAAUAAAUAAGUUUUUUUCAUCAUUUUUUUGAGCUUUUAUUCGUUUAAAUGAUUCUUUUCAAACCCAUAAAAAUUCACAACUUAUUUAAAAACUGUCAAAAAAAUGAGAAAGGUGGCUCGUUCUCCGUCAAAAAGCCGCGUCGCAUACGCAACGGUUCGUCCUUGCCCAUCUACCCAUCUCGCCUGAUUAUAUUAAAUACUCACGACCCAUUUUGAGAGUUAUAUUCGUGGACAUCUUAAGAUAACGUCCUCGACUUGUUUUUCCCCGUUACCAACCCGAUUUUUCCAGACUUGGGUGAUCGUCGUCCUCGCCGUCCUCGUCGUCGUCACCAUCGCCUCGUUCGUUCUUUCAGUCCUCCGUUGCCUUUUCUGCCGCCGUUAA